CAAGCUCACACAAACAGCUUUAUUUGAGUUUACCUGCACGGAAAGCGUGACACAGGGUCACGUGGAGAGGACAGUUUGGUGCAGUGUGUGUUGGUUGAAUCUGUCAGCAGAAUUCCAGCUGCACUGUGGAAUAACACACUACUUGGAAAACUGUCAAUGUCUCUGUUGGAGGACAUUGUUGAUCUACUGCGAUGUGUCCUGGAAUACUUUGGAGUGCCAGCUGACAUGCUUGUUCCAGUAUGGGACAGUACCCUGUGUGGGCAGUACCGGAGCGUAGUCCGUAUGAUUGGGACAAACCUACCUCUCUCUCCGUACCCUCGAGUGCGGUUUCAGAUUCCUCUGCAAACAUUCAGUAGACAUUGCCAUAUUGAUGUCUCGGUGGACACACCAGUUAUUCCUACAUUAGCUGAUGUGUUGUGGCUGGUGGAAGAUGAAGGAGACAGCCACACUAAGUUCAGGAAUGUCAUCCCUCUGAGGAAACACUGUGCACAGCAAGGUUUCGAGAUUGCCUCAGAAGGGUCUGAAUGCCCAACGUCCGUGUCUGCGCAUGCUCAUAGAGAAGGCUGGCUGCCAGGGCGGGGCACCCAGCCAGACGCCCUGCAGAAGAUCUCUGCUCUGGAAGAGGAACUCCAAAGACUACGAGCACAGAUUGCUAUGAUAGUCACAGCUCCAGCAGGUGAUCCCGGUACUCCAUGUUCUACUCUACGAACUCCUGUCCUCACUUCCACUCCUAUCUGUGUUCCGCCACCUCCACCACCACCACCUCCUGCUGUGGGCAGCUCCAAGGAGGUGUCAGUGACAGAGGUGAUUCGACAGAGACAAGCAGCAAAAAGAGAAAAGACGGCACAGUGUGAGCCCUCUGUGGGUUCAGCACCUGCUGCUCUGCCCUCCAUGCUAGAUGUGCUGAGAGACCUGAAUCAAGUCAAACUGCGUUCUGUGGAGAGGUCUCCAGGUGGAACUCCGGUAAGGAGACGGAGAAGUAAAGGCGUAGCAUGUUCUUCUGACCCAGCAGCUCUUAUUGCUGAAGCACUGAAACAAAAGUUUGCACACAGACAGAGAGACGAUUCGUUUGGUAAAGAGAACCGCUCCUCUGAACCCUCUCCAUUCAGCAGCCCAGACACACCCAGAAUCUUCCAUCACACCAGACGCAGCCAGGGACGCAUUCACCUUUGACCCUUGACCUUAUAGUACCAGGAACAAAGUUGUGUCAUGGACUGAUGACAGAUUUUAUUUCUAUGUUGGUUGCACACUCUUUCCCUUCCCCUUUUCUCUCUAAAUGUAUACCAUAGGCUUCCAUCAGAUUUUUGUGCAGGCAUCAGUGUUUGUACAUUUAAUUUUUUUUUACAUUCAUAAAUAUUCUUUGAUAAGGACUUGUUAAUUGUGAAUGUGAAUGGCUAAAAAGUGAUGCAAUUAUGAGUAGUGAUACUUGUGAUGGCAGUUUCUUUCAGAAUACGGUAUGCCAGAACUAUGGAAUGCCUCUUUUAGUUUUUAUACACUGAUGUCUUCAUAUGAAUGUUGAGACCUAGUUGGACUAACAAAGGUUCUCUAAACUUCAACGUUUAACAUCAGAAAAAUGGGACCUGUUCUGCUCUUCAUUUCUAAAUCCAUCUUCUGCUGUACUUUCAUCCUCUUCUACAAUGUACUAAUGCAGUUUUGCUCUCAAAAGCAAUAAACAAGCUCUAAGCUUUUGAAAUGUGUUGUUUCUACCACCUGUUAAAGUGUGUAUUGCUACAUUAACAAUUAAAGCUUCUCUGCUUUGAAUGCAAGUAAAUGUAAAACUAAAACCAUAAAUAACUUUUUUUAGUAAUUCUGUUGAAUUACUAUGGAAUAGUUCUCCCAAAUGUGAAAAAAAAAAAAAAAAACCUGUCAUCUUUUACUCACCCUCGUGUUGUUCCAAACCCAUUUGAAUUUUUCAAUGCAACACAAAAGGAGAUGUCCCUAACAUUCUACCUAACAUCUUCUUUUGCGUUUCACGGAAGAAAGAAGGUCAUGUGGGGUCUACUGAAUGUUGUUGGAAAAAUAUUUAGUUUCAAUGUUUUGCCAGCAGGACGUUCCAAAAACACUUCAAAUUACAGUACAAUGCAUUGAAGAGAACGUCUAUUCCUCAGAGCCUCGUUGUCGUUCCUGUUAAAAAUCAAAGAUGGCGCUGCUGUAAACAGGGUCUAUUCAGAGUCAAGAGCUUAAAGGGUUAGUUCACACAA